AUGCGGUCUGCUUUGGUUCUACCAGCCCUUAUUGUCUCUGGAGGCCGUGCCGCGUGGAAGCAGCGGUGCUGCCAACCCGAAUUACUCACCACUGCGGCCACGCGAUGCGUCGGUUCGCUUGUCUUUUCUCCUACUCGUAUUGGCCAAAAGGAUCAGCGGCGCGGCGAUCGCGGCGAGUCGCGCCGCCUGACAUUUGAUGAACGUGCCGAGCGUCGCAUGGGAAAAUCCCGCGAGCAGAAGAUAGUUAGAGAGAACCUGCUGCAGGAGGCGGAAAAAGUCAUUCAAGAGGACGUCCCGGAUGAACUGGAGCAAAUAUUCAUGCAGCACUUUGAGCGGGCGAAUGUGAGCGCCAUGAAAGUGCUCAACAUGGCGAAGUGCCUGGAGCUCCUGGAGGCCGACGUUGGCGGUGGGCGCAAAGUUCUCCUUACGAAGGUGGCGCAGGUCGUGAAGACGAGUAACUCAACAAUUGAAAUUGUCCCCCAGAACGCGAGCUUUGCGAGCCCCAUCCUUCAGCGCGUGACACGUUUUGACGGGACGCUGCAGGUGACGAAGGAACAGCAGAAGAUCAAGGUGGUGAUGCCGCCCGUAACGACUGCCCGCCGUGACAAGGCGGUGCAAGAAAUACAUCAGGUGAUAUCUUUAUUUAAGCAGAAGACAAAGCACGUGCGAACGAACGCGUCCAAGGCGCUACAGGACGCCAGCAUUGAAGAGAACGCCCUGCGAGAGCUGAAUGCGCAGCUGGACACAGCCGUCAACGCCUUCACGGAGGAAAAGGUGGCGGAGCUGGAACAGCUCGCGGCGGAUGUGACAUCCAUGGGUGUGGACGAGUCUGACUUUGGGGCGUGA